AUGGAGAAGGAAAAGUUGUCAAGGAAACAUUACAAAAACCCUUCAUUUUCAUCCUCACUUCUUGAUGAAAUUUACCGUUCAAUUGAUGGUUAUGACCAAAGAAAGGAAGUUUCAAAGUUACCAAAAGAAACCAAAAAAUACAGCAACAGAAGCAAUGAAAUAGCUAAAGCAAAAGCCAACAACAACAACAAGAGUAUAGAAGAUGAAGAAAUUGCAAGUUUUAGAAGGGCAUGUUUGAUUGAAAAAUGGAUGGAGAAAAAAGUGAAAGACAAAAUUUUGAUGACAAAAAAAGGACCUUCACUUCCUGAUUUAUUAGAUAAUGAUCCACUCUUUUUCAGUUCAACAAGUUCUUCUGAAUCCAAUUCUGGUACUCUCUCUACAACUUCCUCUGAAGCUGACUGUUUUUACUCUGAAAAAUUCUCAAGAAAUACUACUUCUACUACUUGUUUUGCUGCGCCAAAGAGUAAAAAAUCAGUGAGAAGAGCCAGUGUUUCACCACGUUUAGAACGUAGGUGUCAAAAUCCACUGUACACUACUGAACAAAGUCAUGAGAUUUAUUUAUUUGACGACUAUCACAGUCAAAAAACAGAGGAAAAUGAGGAGAGUUUGAUUAAGUCUAAAUCAAGGGCUUUGAAAAUCUACAACAAUUUGAAGAAAGUGAAACAGCCCAUUUCCCCUGGUGGUCGUCUUACUAAUUUUCUCAGUUCCAUUUUCAAUAAUGGGAAUGGGAAAAAAUCCAAGAAUCUUGCUAAUAUUGAGAGGAAUGCAAAAUCUGCUCGAGCAGCUUCAUCAACUUGUUCUUCAGCUUCAUCAUUUUCAAGAUCCUGUUUGAGUUCUAAAACCACAUCAAAUUUAACGCAAAAAUUCCAAAAUGGUGUAAAAAGGACAGUGAGAUUUAACCCAGUUAGUGUAAUUGUUGAUGAAGAUUGUCGUCCUUGUGGUCAUAAAUGCAUAUAUGACCAAGAAUCUGAUAAUUUUCAAAAGCUCAAAUCCCAAGGAAAUGCAGCAAUAAUUGAGAAGAACAGGAAAUUUGAAGUGACAAAAGUUGAUUCCUUGAAAAGUUAUCAACAUAUUAAGAAGAAGAAUGAUUACAUUGUUGAUUAUACAGAGGAAGAAGAUUUUGAAGAAGAAGAUGAAGAUGCAGCAAGUGAUUCAAGUUCAGAUUUGUUUGAAAUUGAUCAUUUAGCAUUUUUUGGUAACAAUAGGUUUUGUGAAGAGCUUCCUGUGUAUGAAACUACUCAUCUUGAUACCAAUAGAGGAAUUGCAAAUCGUUUCAUUCGUUAA